AUGUCAAUAAAGCAUCUAGUCACGGCUCUCACCAAUCUGCUUGACACGCUUCGGACCAUCACUUCCAAACCAGUUGCACUUGACCAGAAGCUUACAGAGUAUGCCUUUGUCCCAAUCUCCCAGGUACUCAGGCUUUCCCGCCAAGUCCCAGUCCGAGCCCUUGAAUUGUGCUUGGAGUGUAUAUCAGUCCUUCUCCGCGCAGGAUGGGGAGGGGGUCUCGAGCCUGCUCUGGCUGGCCAGUUUCUCAUCCUCUUCACAUUCCUGACCAAGCCGUCUUCUGCCGAAAAUGGUAUCGCUUCGACCUCAGAAGAGCUACAAACACUGGCUUUGAAAUGCAUGACCGAUCUCAUGACCGACGCUUCACGCACGGGCAAAGGCAAAGAAGCAAUGACAUCAACGUCCAACAUACCUGCUUUAGGAGAGGCAGUCCUUGUGAUGCUCGACGCACUCACGGACGCCAAGUCAAACAGUACUAAGCUCCAAGCUACAGAUGCACUAAAGGCUUCGCUCAGCGCCAUAACCGAUGAUGAUGCCCUCGCCAGCUUUCUUCCAAGACUAGUAUCAUCUCUCACCAAGGUGUUGACGCCGAGCAGCAGCAAUCGGCCUGGCUUUCGAGUAGUCGAGCAAAGUCUUGAUCUGCUUUCUUUGAUACUGAAACGCUUGCUUAGUGACAGAAAGACCAAUAAUCUGCCUACUGCCGUUGCUGCCGAGGAGGAAUCUGAUGCAAACAAGGUGUUUCGGACGACUUCGUGGGUUCAAGCUACCGCAUCCCAAAUCAAGGUUGCGCUUGCCAACGUGUUCAAGCUGCGAAACCACGACAAAUCUGAAGACAUGAUUGAAAUCGAGCUAAAGACGCUACUUGCUGCCGACGAGCAGCUCGGAUAUGUCUUGCGGGAAAGCCUUCAUGGAUGGGUCGUGGCCCUUCCACGGCUGAUGCAAUCAAAGGAUGACCAGGCUAGGCUUCAGAUUAUACACCAGGUCUCGGUAACGCUACGCCUUUUCGACCGAGACGCGGCAUUGAUUGACGAAAGAUUGGCCGAUGGUCUGCGCGAUAGUAUUUCCACAGUGUUGGGUGAUUCGAAGGGUCUCGAAGAACUCGAUGUGCAUCACACCAAGCGUACUGACCAAGUAAUACUGCUGGGAUCUUCCAGCACACUAAGAUUCGAGCCGCUGAAGCUGCGACUGAAAGGCCAGGAAGUCAUUUUGACCGAGUUUCAGUUACUACUCCACGAGCUCGCAAGAUCAAAUUCAGCAGCGACUGUACUGCAAGAACUUAUCCGAAAAAUCGACAUGGGGUCUCAGGAAGUUCGACUCGCCAGCUAUUGGGCUGCAGUGAACCUUCUCAAGGACAUGGCAAGAACGAACUCGGCAUUCGACGACUUCAUCGAUAUGGGAACGCCUAACCAGCGCGAAGAGUUGCAAGACAGCCUUUACUCCCACUCAGUCACGAUGCUUGCACAAGAAGACCUUUUAGAUGUUGUGUCAUGGCAUUCCUAUGCACUCGCACUAGAAACGGUAGCUCUGCAAGCAUCGCGGUAUAAGACCGAGUUUCGUGGCGAGUUGAGUGAGGUUCUGUAUCCAGUCUUGCAUCACAUGGGCAGUUCGAAUGAGGCACUGCGACAGCAUGCUUUGAUAUGCCUCAAUAUACUUUCUGUGGAAUGUGGCUACUCUAAUGCUGGCGAGCUUGUGGUCGCAAAUGUCGACUACAUCGUCAAUGCGGUGGGCUUGAAGCUGGCAGUCGGAGACGUCUCGCCACAGGUUCCCCAAGUCCUCUUGAUGAUGAUGCGACUUUGCGGUCCAUCACUCUUACCGUACUUGGACGAUCUCGUUGGAAGUAUUUUUGAUGCGCUCGAAAGAUACCAUGGCUAUCCCAAAUUGACCGAACUCCUUUUUUCGGUCUUGAAAGGCAUCACAGAGGAAGGUGUGAAAGCACCCCUGUUAGCUAUCACAGAGAGCGAUGCAAAGCAAAUGGCGUCGCAUCACAUAUCACCGAUUACCAUGGCGGACGUCAUUGCAGCAGUGAAAAGACUAGACGAUGAUGCACUCAAGCGAAAAGAAGAAGAUCAAAAAGACGUGGACAUACCAUUUCCGGAAGAACCGUGGAAAUCAGAUACUGCACCAGAAGCACACCCUCAAGACGAAUCCGAACAAUCCAACGAAGCAGAUACUGCCGAGCCUCCUUCACCCGCUCCUCGAACAUACGACCUCCUCCUCCGCAUCUCGUCACUCACACAGCACUACCUCACAACCCCAUCCUCCGCUCUACGCACAUCCCUUCUAUCACUCCUCCGCACCACCAUUCCUGCCCUCGCCAAGCAUGAAAACUCAUUCCUACCGCUUAUCAACACGCUCUGGCCCGUGUUGUUGCCGCGCCUACAAGACCCGGAAGCAUUUGUCGUCUCCAACGCGCUAGACAUUGUAGCACUCAUGUGCGAGCAUGCUGGCGACUUCAUGCGGACCCGCAUCGAGGACGCAUGGGACGUCUUCGGAAGGAUACACCGUCGAACAAAGCAGCGCGAGGAUCGGCGCGGUGGUACUCAAUCACUACUUACUGGUCUUGACACGGGCAUGAAGGGCCUAUCUGUUUCUACGCCAAGUGCUUACCGGCCGGAAAUGUACGUCGACGCACCGACGAAAAUGAUCUGGAACAGCCUUGUGGGCUUGAUGUGUGUGGUUGUUGAGCAUGUGACCAUUCGCGACGAACGAUUCGAUUCGGUUUUGGACAUGAUGGAUCCGGUGUUGGAAAGGGAGGAAGUGAAAAGAGCGAUGGAGAGGUGCAAUGCUGAUGCAGUGUGGUUGCGACUAUACACGAAAGAACUGGCAAAGGGAGGCACGGGUGUAGCGAUGGAUAGGGUACCGGAAGCAAAACUGGAUUGGCAUUUUGUUUGUGUAUGA